AUGCUGGAUGUUAGAAUACUGGGAUUGUGUGUUUUCUCCCUUUGGAUUUUAUUGAACUGUUAUAUUGCUUUUGCUUGCUAUCAGAUGGCAGCGUCGUCUGCAUGCGUUUUAGGAAAUGGUUUAUCGACCAGUAAUGCUAAACAGAAUUUGACAAAGGAGUUCUACGGCAGUCAUCUUUUCGUUUCUACGGGUGUUCCCUUAUGUAAGACAUCAAGAACUGUAAUUGUAAAGGCAGCUUUGGACAAGAGACGGAAUGAAGGAAGGAGGGGUUUUCUGAAGCUGUUGGCUGGGAAUGUUGGAAUUGGUGGAUCCGCUUUGCUGGGGGGUGGGAAAGCAUUUGCUGAUGACCAAGGGGUUUCUUCCUCCAGGAUGUCUUAUUCUAGAUUUUUGGAGUAUUUGGAUAAGGAUAGGGUGAAAAAGGUAGACUUGUUUGAAAAUGGAACCAUUGCUAUCGUAGAGGCUGUUUCCCCUGAGUUGGGUAACCGGGUGCAGCGAGUUCGCGUGCAGCUUCCAGGACUCAGCCAAGAGCUUCUUCAGAAAUUUAGAGAGAAGAACAUUGACUUUGCAGCACAUAAUGCUCAAGAGGACUCUGGUUCCUUGCUAUUCAACUUGAUUGGAAAUCUGGCUUUUCCUUUAAUCUUGAUUGGAGGUCUUUUCCUUCUUUCUCGACGUUCAUCAGGAGGAAUGGGUGGUCCUGGUGGGCCUGGUUUCCCCUUAGCUUUCGGUCAAUCUAAGGCAAAGUUCCAAAUGGAACCAAACACUGGUGUGACAUUUGAUGAUGUUGCUGGAGUGGAUGAAGCAAAGCAGGAUUUCAUGGAGGUAGUUGAGUUUCUUAAAAAGCCUGAGAGAUUCACUGCAGUAGGGGCUCGCAUCCCGAAAGGUGUUCUUCUUAUUGGGCCUCCGGGUACUGGGAAAACUCUUCUGGCCAAAGCAAUUGCUGGUGAAGCUGGUGUUCCAUUUUUCUCUAUUUCGGGUUCGGAGUUUGUUGAGAUGUUUGUUGGUGUUGGAGCCUCUAGAGUUCGGGAUCUCUUUAAGAAGGCCAAAGAGAAUGCUCCUUGUAUUGUAUUUGUGGAUGAAAUUGAUGCUGUGGGAAGGCAAAGAGGAACUGGAAUCGGUGGAGGAAAUGAUGAAAGAGAGCAGACCCUUAACCAGCUUCUGACGGAAAUGGAUGGUUUUGAGGGUAAUACUGGUAUCAUUGUUAUUGCAGCAACUAACAGGGCAGACAUUCUUGACUCUGCCUUGUUGAGGCCAGGACGGUUUGACAGACAGGUGACUGUUGAUGUCCCAGAUAUUCGGGGAAGAACAGAGAUACUAAAAGUUCAUGCUGGCAAUAAGAAAUUUGAUGUUGAUGUGUCUCUUGAUGUGAUAGCCAUGAGAACACCUGGUUUCAGUGGGGCUGAUCUUGCAAACCUCUUGAAUGAGGCAGCUAUUCUAGCUGGUCGACGUGGAAAGACAGCAAUUUCAGCUAAAGAGAUUGAUGAUUCAAUUGAUAGGAUUGUUGCUGGAAUGGAAGGAACAGUGAUGACAGAUGGAAAGAGUAAAAGUCUCGUUGCAUAUCAUGAAGUAGGGCAUGCCAUUUGCGGAACUUUGACUCCAGGGCAUGAUGCGGUUCAGAAAGUCACCCUAAUUCCACGUGGCCAGGCACGGGGCCUCACCUGGUUUAUUCCUGCAGAUGACCCCACAUUGAUCUCCAAGCAGCAACUUUUUGCAAGAAUAGUUGGUGGUUUAGGUGGCAGAGCUGCUGAAGAAGUGAUAUUUGGUGAGCCUGAGGUGACCACAGGGGCAGCCGGUGAUCUGCAGCAGAUCACCGGUCUGGCUAAGCAGAUGGUAACCACAUUUGGAAUGUCUGAAAUUGGCCCAUGGUCACUUAUGGAUGCGUCAGCUCAAAGUGCUGAUGUCUUCAUGAGAAUGAUGGCAAGGAAUUCGAUGUCAGAAAAGCUGGCGGAAGACAUUGAUGCUGCUGUGAAGAGGUUAUCAGACACUGCGUAUGAAGUUGCAUUGAGCCACAUAAAGAACAAUCGAGAGGCCAUGGAUAAGAUCGUGGAAGUCCUCCUUGAGAAGGAAACUAUGACCGGUGAUGAGUUCCGAGCGAUCCUCUCUGAAUUUGUUGAGAUUCCUGCAGAAAAUCGGGUUGCUCCUUCAGUACCCGCCCCGGUGUCUGUGUAA